AUGAAGUCUGCCUUUAUCGUCCUCGCUACCAUUCUACCACUGGCAAUGACAGCGGCCACGCCCGAAUCGCCAGAUCUUGGUUUCAUCAAAAAGGAACAGGAACUGGGUCAGGGUCAGGGUAGAAGAUGCGAGCUUACUACAUUUAAACAGAUUAGGCAGGUUCCCUGUCCGGGCGCUUCACAAUUUACAAGAGGCCCUGGCGAAAAGUUCUCUAUCAUAUGCUCGUUUCCUAUUGGUCUCACGACAUGGUUUAAGACAGAAAAUAGAGAAUGGCUCCGCAAUCUGAACGGCGCUUCCGGUGAACCAGGUCCUUUGCCAAAGUGCGAUAUCUAA